AUGGAAUAUUCAUGCAUUGGAUUAAACGAUUUACCUGAUGAAAUUCUUAUGAUUAUUUUCAAAAAACUCAAUAAUCUAGAUGUACUUUAUUCUUUACAAGGUGUCAAUCAACGACUAAAUCAAAUUAUUCACGAUCCAAUUUUUACAAGUCGUUUGACCUUUGUUAAAUGGUUCUCACAUAAUUUUAUCGAUCUAAUUUUUUGUGAUACGAUCCUUAAUCGAUUUUGUUUACAAAUUUUACCUGAAAUUCGUCAUAAAAUCCAAUGGCUUGAUCUUGAAUCAUCAUCGAUGAAAUACAUUUUAUGUGCUGCUCAUUAUCCUAAUUUAUAUGGUCUCGGUCUUUAUAAUAUUAGUGAAGAGUCAGCUCGAUACCUUUUUACUGAUGAAAUUCUUUCAUCUGGUAUUUUCAAAAAUCAAAUUACAACACUUUUUAUUAUUAUUCAUAAUAAUAAUAACAAUGAUGAUUAUGACGAAAUGCUAUUGUCAACAAGAAACAUAUUUGAUUAUAUUUGCACCGUUUUCACCAAUCUCAUUCAUUUAACAUUCUAUGAAUCAUCGUAUAAAAAUCGUCUUUCAUUAUAUUUUGCUGAUCCACCUUCUCGUACAUUUCGUUCCGCAACUCUUUUAAAAUUGAAUGUCAGAAUACAAUCUUUUGAUGAUUGUCUUUAUCAUCUUGAUGGUCGUUUUAAUCAACUUCACACACUCUAUGUUGAUUUGACUUCUAUUCCUCGUCCACAUCACAUUCAAAAUCAAGGAGAGUUACCAAAUCUAAAGUGUUUUUCUUUGUCUUGUAAUGAAGAAACACAUCAUUACGGUGAAUUAAUCCCACCACUUCUCUAUCGAAUGUCAAAUCUAGAAGAACUCGAAGAUAUUCAACAUACAUUCAUUGACUUUCCAAAUAAUGAAAUUAUUUCUUAUGUUGAUUAUUUUCCAGAGGAAGAACGAGGUCGAUGUCACAUUUAUUCAUAUCCAUCUUUUAUGCCAUAUUACGGUGAUAUUACAAAUAAUUUUCCAGGUGGAUUAUUCAAUUACGUUCGUGUAGUGUCAUUAUGUGAUGAAUAUCCUUUUGAACAUGGAUUUUUUCUUCGAAUUGUUCAAUCAUUUCCAUUUAUGGAAGAAUUAACUGUGAUUAAUCGUAAAGGACAAACUGACAAACAAUCUUAUGAAUCAAACAAUGAUGAUCGAAUUUCAUCUGUUAUUGAAUAUUCUUUUCUUAGUGAACUUGAUCUUCUCAAUGUCCAUGAUGAUUAUAUAGAAGAAUUUCUCUUUGAUACUAAAACUUAUUUCCAAAAUAAUGUUCUUCUUCGUAUUAAAUGUGAAUCUUUACAACGAGUAACACACAAUUUUACAAGAGAUACUACAAGAAUGAAUUGUGCCAAAAUAAAUGAAUUAGAAUUAAGUGGUGAACCAAUAUGUUCCGAUUCUUUACAAGAAUAUUUUCCUUAUGCAAGAAUAAGUUAUCCAUUAAUAAUUUGA